GAGAGAUUACAGGCCACUGCCAAAGCGACUGUUUACUUAUCAUCGCCCAAUCUCUACAAACCUCAAGCGAUUGCCAUCUUCUAGGCUGAUGAAUUUGUGGCAGGUCACUGACCUUUUUCAUACAUCUGAGCCAUUUCAGCCUGUCUGGCCGAUCUCAGCCUUCCCGGAAUCAUACUACAGCAAUUCUCCAGUAUUUUCAUAUUCAUAUCCUUUUAAAGGGUCUCAUAAAACCCAUAUAACUUAUCAUGCCUCCCCGUCGUCGUACCACAGCAGCAGCCCCGCCCAAGACCCUCACAGCCUUCACACUCUUCCCUAAACUGCCCGUCGAGCUCCGCGUCAAGAUUUUUGAGGACUAUCUCAGCACUGCAACCCGGCUCGUACACAUCUACUGGCACGCCCGGCAGCGCGUCUUCAAGUCUUCCCAGGCAAUCCCACCUCUACUUCACGUGUGUCAAGAAUCCCGCUACGAGGCUCUGAAAAAUUACCAACUGAGCUUCGCUCCGUCUCCGGAAUUUGCACGUGUGUAUUUCUGUUUUGAGAAAGAUGUGCUUAUGGUGUGCUGGCGUACGCUAGGAGCUUAUCCAGGCCGCAUAGGCAAGAAGAUGCGCGAGGAUGAAGCGGCCAAAGUUAAGCACCUCAUUAUGAAUGAGGAGGCGUUGCUGUUCCAUGCCGAGAAUGAUGGGAGGGAGUUGGAGAGGUUCACAGGUCUGAACACGCUCGGCGUUUCUUGCGAUCCUGCUAAUGUUGAGAGUGGGGAGCAAUAUGGGCGGCUUGCGAUGGAGAGAUUGGCUUUUGGGCUGAAUGGAGGUUUCGAUGAUCUCAACGAGCUUGAUGAUGAAGAUGGCCAGGCGGCGGAGAAGAGACCCAAGCCAGUCAAGGAGGAGAGAUGGCCGGAGGUCGUAUGCUUGAGGUCUGAUGCUGAAGGUCAGCAGAGAUGUAGUCGGCAUUGGUGAGUCUCAUUUCUUAGGAAAUAAUACACUCGCAGUUAUUUUAUGUUUAACUACAGAGCUCCUGCCCCAAUGCAUGAAAGUAUAUUAAGACUGAAAAACUAAUAUUUUGGAAGGUGGUUCGACGGCUGGAACCAACGAGCAGGAGAACUGCAGCGAGAAAAAUGGCCCAAGGUUCUGGCAAGGAGCUUGCUGGUCACGCAGUUCGACUCGCAGGAGGACGACGCCAUGUUUCUUAUGCACAUGCUGUUCUUUCACCCUGGGCAAGUCAUAUAAUCAGGCUAGACAUUAGAGCCUUGAACGGGAAGCAGAUUGCUAUUAGCUGUGGAGUUUUGGCGCACAAUUUGAAGAUCACGGGCAUGGUCUUGGCUAUAUGUCUGUAAGAUACUAAGCUGCUGUUUCGAUGAAAGAUACUGCUACUUCACUCACUACCAAGCCAUGUUAUUGCAACCGAGGUAAAUUACUAAGUCACUCCAACUUGAAGCGCUUCUCAUAUGAUACUUUGGGUUUGCUAAUACCAG